AUGUCAGCAAAGCCCGUCUCGUUCGACUCACACCCGCCUCACGGCCACCCUGAAAACCAGGGUCCCAGCACCCAGAACGUCGACCGCGCAUCCACUGCCUCGCACCCUCCCAGCGUCAAGCCCGACCCCACCACCACGGCACCUCACCCCAAGUUGAACCCCCAUGGCGCCAAAGGAAGCGAGCCCUCCUCCUCUUCCUCCGGUCCCGCCGAACUCUCCGAUCUUAAAGUAAGACUGAGAAAUGCUCUGCGACAAUACCCCGACUUCCCCUCCAAGGGCAUCCUCUUCGAGGACAUUAUGCCCAUCUUCUCGUCACCAAAGCUGCACGCCGACCUCGUCAAGGCUCUCGAGCUCGAGGUCCGCGCAAAGUUUGACAAGACCCCCGACGUCAUUGUCGGUCUCGAGUCGCGCGGUUUCCUGUUCGGCCCUUCGCUUGCUCUGCGUCUGGAUGCUGGCUUUGUGCCCGUCAGAAAGCAGGGCAAGCUUCCCGGCAAGCUCGAGACCGAGGGCUACGAGAAGGAGUACGGCACCGAUUUCUUCCAGAUCCAGAGCGACGCCAUCGCCAAGGGCCAGACUGUUCUUGUUGUCGACGACAUUAUGGCCACUGGUAUGUUCUACUACCGUUGA